AUGCUUCCGAAUUUAUUACGAUUGUCAUAUGCUGCUUCAUUGCAAGUUACUAGAUCAAACAACUUCAAAAAAUUUUGUUUACAAAGUACAGAAAAGUCAAGAAUUCUGUUAAUUCAACGAACGCAACAUUCUAGAGGAACUAGAAUUAGCCGAAUAACACAACGUUCUCCUGGAACCUUUCCCAGGAAUUCUCCAAAAGAAAACGCAUCAAGAAAUGAACAAGAAGAAUUCUCACUCGAACAUGGUCAUCAAGCACCACAGAUAAAAAAAUAUAUCCCACAAGAAACAUUAACCCCUGCACACCCCGCAUCGUCAAUAUUGCGAAAUUCUGUGUUGGUUGUGGCGAGGCAAAUAGAAAUGUUGAAUAUUUUUUUGGGUUUUGAACAAGCAAAUAAAUACGCGAUCGUUAAUCAAGAUGGCAAUUCUGUGGGUUAUAUUGCUGAGGAGGAAUCAUUUGCUUCGACUUUAUUAAGACAACUUUUCCGCACUCAUAGAAAGUUUUCCGCGGUGAUAAUGAACCCCGAGGGUGAAAUAGUAUUGAGAAUUUAUAGGCCUUUCGCAUGGAUAAAUUCACGAAUAUUCGUCAGUGUUGAUGAAGGGAAGUUAAUUGGCGAAGUUCAACAACAAUGGCACAUGUGGCGUAGGAGAUAUAACCUAUUUAACAAGCAAAAACAAUUUGCAAGAAUCGAUGCGGGAUUCUGGGCGUGGAGCUUCGAUAUUGAGGAUGAGAACGGAGGUAUUUUGGGAUGUGUAAACCGAAUAUUUGGAGGCUUUGCAAGAGAGAUUUUUACGGACACCGGGCAAUAUGUGAUCGAGGAAAGAUCUGCAUCAUUGUCGUUAGACGAACGGUCAGUUAUUUUGGCGGCAGCAAUAUCUAUUGACUUCGACUAUUUCUCAAGACACUCAGGGUCAGGGUCGUCAUUUCACUUUCCUUUCUUGGGCAGCAGCGAAAAUGAUGAUAGCAUGGAUGGUGAUGACGAUUGA